CCUGCAGCUCAGCGUACUUAGUGUUUCGCCAAGUUUCUGAAACACGCAAGUCAUUAAGAUAAAAGAAGGUGGAGCCGCAAUGUGUGGAGAUGCGACGAACUGGGACGAAAAUGCAUACAGAGAAAGCAUACUUAAAGAGAGAGAGAUCCAGAGCCGCACCGUUUUUAGAACCUCCUGGAGCCCCUCUAACCCUAGCCCUGACACCAUCGUUGUCGCCUUCAGCGAUGGUUCAAUUGCCUCAUACUCUAUCUCCUUCAUCAUCUCAGAACUCUCAUUGGGUUUUAGUAAUAGCAAGGCUCAACAAUUAUUAGGAGCUGAACCUAGUGGAUAUCUUCAGGGGCAUGAUGGACCUGCCUAUGAUGUUAAAUUUUACGGUGAUGAUGAAGAUGCAUUGUUGUUGAGUUGUGGUGAUGAUGGUCGAAUUUGUGGAUGGAGGUGGAAGGAAUUUACAAAAUCUGAAGUUCCUAUUCAUUUACAAGGAAAUCAUGUGAAGCCAGUUUUGGACCUGGUGAAUCCUCAACAUAAAGGUCCUUGGGGUGCUCUUUCUCCAAUUCCUGAAAACAAUGCCAUUGCUGUUGACCCUCAGGGGGGAUCCAUUUUUUCGGCAGCAGGUGAUUCUUGCGCAUAUUGCUGGGAUGUGGAGAGCAGUAAGAUCAAAAUGGCCUUUAAGGGGCAUUCAGACUACUUGCAUUGUAUAGUUGCCCGCAAAUCCACCAAUCAGAUUGUAACUGGUUCAGAGGAUGGAACUGUACGAAUAUGGGAUUGCAAAAGUGGAAAGUGUGUUCAAGUAAUUGAUCCUGUGAGGGAUAAGAGGUCAAAAGGAUUCAUUUCAUGUGUUAGCUGCAUUGCCCUUGAUGCAAAUGAGAGCUGGUUGGCUUGUGGCAGUGGUAGAAGUUUAUCAGUUUGGAAUCUCCCCGCUUCAGAAUGUGUUUCAAGCAUUUCUAGUCAAGCGUCCAUACAGGAUGUAACAUUUGAAAAUAAUCAAAUUUUAGCUGUUGGAGCAGAACCUCUACUUAGUCGUUUUGACAUAAAUGGGAUGAUACUUUCGCAGAUUCAAUGUGCUGCACAUUCAGCAUUUUCUGUCUCUUUACAUCCCUCUGGUGUUACUGCAGUUGGAGGUUAUGGAGGUCUUGUCGAUGUCAUCUCGUUGUUUGGAAGUCAUUUGUGCACAUUCCGCUGUCAAGGCAUAAGACCGAAUUCCUUGUUUGAGAAGGUGAAGGAACCCUCGCAGACUAUAAUAACUCCACUAAACUGCUGCCUCUCACUCGCUUUGGCUAUUUUCUCAAACACGAUCGUUCCUUCCUUAACUCCACGGAAAAGAUCCGAGGAGUUUGGGAAAACCCUAAUUUCAUCUAAAUCAACAACCUCUUCUCAAUUACUCUCUUUUUUCGUCUUCGAUCUUCACCGAUCAGUACCAGUCAUGGCGGGAUUAACACCUGAAGGAUCACAAUUUGAUGCACGUCAGUUUGAUGCCAAGAUGAAUGACUUGCUUACAGCUGAUGGAGGACAAGAUUUCUUUACCUCUUAUGAUGAGGUUUAUGAUACAUUCGAUAAUAUGGGAUUGCAAGAGAACCUUCUGAGAGGCAUUUACGCAUAUGGUUUUGAAAAACCCUCUGCAAUUCAACAAAGAGGUAUUGUUCCCUUCUGUAAGGGGCUUGAUGUGAUUCAGCAGGCUCAGUCAGGAACAGGGAAGACUGCAACCUUUUGUUCCGGUAUUCUACAACAACUUGAUUAUGGUUUGGUGGAAUGCCAGGCCUUGGUUUUGGCACCCACUCGUGAGCUUGCACAGCAGAUUGAAAAGGUUAUGCGAGCAUUGGGAGACUACCUUGGUGUUAGGGUACAUGCUUGUGUUGGUGGAACCAGUGUUCGUGAAGAUCAACGCAUUCUAUCAAGUGGUGUUCAUGUUGUUGUGGGCACUCCUGGCCGUGUGUUUGACAUGCUGCGGAGACAGUCACUUCGCCCUGACUACAUCAAGAUGUUUGUAUUGGAUGAGGCAGAUGAAAUGCUUUCCAGAGGUUUCAAGGAUCAGAUCUAUGAUAUUUUCCAGCUGCUACCAUCAAAAGUUCAGGUUGGGGUUUUCUCUGCUACCAUGCCACCUGAGGCCCUUGAAAUUACCAGGAAGUUUAUGAACAAACCAGUGCGAAUUCUAGUGAAGCGUGACGAGCUUACUUUGGAAGGUAUAAAGCAGUUUCAUGUUAAUGUUGAAAAAGAAGAAUGGAAGCUUGAGACACUCUGUGAUCUUUACGAAACCUUAGCCAUUACCCAGAGUGUCAUCUUUGUCAACACCCGACGCAAGGUAGACUGGUUGACUGACAAAAUGCGUAGCCGUGAUCACACUGUCUCUGCCACCCAUGGAGACAUGGACCAGAAUACGAGAGACAUUAUCAUGCGUGAAUUCCGGUCUGGGUCAUCUCGAGUUCUGAUCACCACUGAUCUUUUGGCUCGUGGUAUUGAUGUCCAGCAAGUGUCCCUGGUUAUAAAUUAUGACUUACCUACACAGCCCGAGAACUAUCUUCAUCGUAUAGGACGAAGUGGCAGAUUUGGGAGGAAAGGUGUUGCAAUCAAUUUUAUCACUAGGGACGAUGAGAGGAUGCUAUUUGAUAUCCAGAAGUUCUAUAAUGUGGUCAUCGAGGAACUGCCAUCAAAUGUUGCUGAUCUCCUCUGAUUAGGUUUUGUCUUAAUUAUUAGUAUGGGAUCUGGAAUUUUGUGUUUGGUAAGUGUGAUUUGCUGUGCUUUUUCCUUUUCUUCCUUUUUUGUUCUUUUCCGUCUCUAGCUUAAGUCAUGUUUUAUAGGUCUAGUGUCUUAAUUUUAUAAGACGUUUGGAUAUCUGGAUUCGCAAUCUGAAAACCACUGAUGCCAGAUUUGGUGUGAUGGGGAUUUAUUGUUGCAGAUUUCCAGUUAAUGAAGGCUAUUAUUAUAAUAUGGGGAUUUUGGUUUCUGGGACUGUAAAAUGCUUUUCGUCCA